GAGAGAGCGGCGGAGAGACACGCGCUCCCAGCCAGCCCCGCUCCAGCUCCAGCCUGCAGCUCCCCGCCACUAACGGAGCCACAUCAGCGUCAGGAGCGCGGCUUCGGAGCGAGCUCACCCCGGGACCUGGCACUCACCCCGCCGAGGAUGCCCCACGCGCCGUCCGCUUGAACGACACGCACGUACCGCUAUUUUCCCCCCUCUCCUCUCAAUUCUGAAGGUUUUUACGCGAAAAUGGCGAACGAGUCUCCGGCGAAGAGUCUGGGGGAGAUAGACCUAGCAUCUCUGCGGGAUCCGGCUGGAAUAUUUGAACUCGUAGAAGUGGUCGGGAAUGGGACCUACGGACAAGUUUACAAGGGCCGACAUGUUAAGACGGGUCAGCUGGCAGCCAUCAAAGUCAUGGACGUCACUGAGGACGAGGAGGAGGAGAUCAAGCUGGAGAUCAACAUGCUGAAAAAGUACUCUCACCACAGGAACAUCGCCACAUACUAUGGAGCCUUCAUCAAGAAGAGCCCUCCCGGACACGAUGACCAGCUCUGGCUGGUGAUGGAGUUCUGUGGCGCCGGCUCCAUCACUGACCUGGUGAAGAACACUAAAGGGAACUCUCUGAAGGAAGACUGGAUCGCCUACAUCUCCAGGGAGAUCCUAAGGGGCCUGGCUCACCUGCACGCUCACCACGUCAUCCACAGAGACAUCAAGGGCCAAAAUGUGCUGCUAACGGAGAACGCAGAGGUCAAACUAGUGGACUUUGGUGUGAGUGCCCAGCUGGACCGGACCGUGGGCAGGAGGAAUACAUUCAUUGGGACCCCGUACUGGAUGGCCCCCGAGGUCAUCGCCUGUGAUGAGAAUCCUGACGCUACCUACGACUACAGGAGUGACCUGUGGUCCUGUGGAAUCACUGCCAUAGAGAUGGCUGAGGGAGCCCCACCACUGUGUGACAUGCACCCCAUGAGAGCACUCUUCCUCAUCCCCAGGAACCCUCCUCCUCGGCUCAAGUCUAAGAAAUGGUCUAAAAAGUUCUUCAGCUUUAUCGAGGGCUGCCUGGUGAAGAACUACACCCAGCGCCCUCCCACGGACCAGCUCCUCAAGCACCCAUUCAUCCGAGACCAGCCCAACGAGAGGCAGGUCCGGAUCCAACUUAAGGACCACAUUGACCGCACCAAGAAGAAGAGGGGCGAGAAGGAUGAGACAGAGUACGAGUACAGUGGCAGUGAGGAGGAAGAGGAAGAGUCGUCUGAACAAGAAGGAGAGCCCAGCUCUAUAGUGAACGUACCUGGGGAGUCCACUCUGCGACGGGACUUUAUCCGUCUGCAGCAGGAGAACAAGGAGCGAUCGGAGGCCCUGAGGAGGCAGCAGCUCCUGCAGGAGCAACAGCUCCGUGAGCAGGAGGAGUACAAGAGACAGCUGCUGGCCGAGAGGCAGAAGAGGAUCGAGCAACAGAAAGAGCAGAGGAGGAGACUGGAGGAGCAACAGCGGCGCGAGCGUGAGAUCCGAAGGCAGCAGGAGAGAGAGCAAAGGCGCAGGGAACAAGAGGAGAAGAGGAGGAUGGAGGACAUCGAACGAAGGCGCAAAGAAGAGGAGGAGAGGAGGAGAGUGGAAGAGGAGAAGAGGAGGGCCGACCGGGAGCAGGAGUACAUCCGCAGGCAGCUGGAGGAGGAGCAGAGGCACUUGGAGAUCCUACAGCAGCAGCUCCUCCAUGAGCAGGCCAUGUUACUGGAGUACAAGUGGAAGGAGCUGGAGGAGCAAAGACAGGCCCAGGAGCUCCACAAGCAGUUGCAGAGAGAACAGGCCUACCUGCUGGCCCUGCAGACCAGCCAUAACCUACAGGACAACCACAGCCUCAAGAAGAACCACCUCCAGGACAACCACAGUGUUCAAACCAAUCAGAACCUUCAGGACAACCACAGUCUUAAGAAGAACCACCUUCCAGACAAACACAGCCUAAAAAAGAACAAAAGCCACCAAAAACACCAUACAGAGAUACAGGCCAGCGACCAAAGUCCCGGUAUCCUCCAUGACAAAUCCAAAGUCCAGACCAGAGAUCAGAGUCCUGAUGUCCACCAUGAGAAGAUCAAGUUUCAUGUCAGAGGCCAGAGCCCUGAAUUCUACCACGAGAAGGUCAAGAUCCAGACCAGAAAACAAAGUCUUGAGAUCCAAAUAGACAAGUCCAAAGUCCAGAGCAGAGAUCAGAGUACUGAUGUCCACAACGAGAAGACCAAGGUUCAGACUAGAGACCAGAGUCCUGAGAUCAGUCAUGAGAAGCUCAAGGUCCAGACUAGAGACCAAAGUCCUGAGGUCCACCAUGACGAUUUCAGAGUCCAAACCAGAGACCAGAGUCCUCAGCUGCACCACGAGAAGGUCACAGUCCAGACCAGAGACCAGAAUCUUGAAGUCCGCCAUGACAAGUCUGAGAUUCAGACCAGAGACCAAAAUUCUGAAGUCUACCAUGACAAGUCCAAGGUCCAGACAAGAUACCAGAGUUCUGAGGUCUACAUCCAGAAUUCUUUGUUGGACCCACUUCCCAGUAGGACCCUUCCCAUCCAGGACCUGAGCCAGGACCCUGACUCUGUCUUCGAGGCGGAUGAGCGGUACCGAAAGAACGCGCAGGGUUCUCCACAAUCUGCACCGACCAAGGCCUCCCAGCCCCCAGUGCCCCCCACACGCUCCGAAUCCACCCACGCUAACGGGAACACUGCAUCGGAAAGCCAGGCCCAGCACCGGCCCGGCGAGCCACAGGUCCUAUCUCACCUGUCCAAGGCCACGCCCCCCGUCUUGUCUCGCUCACACUCAUUUACCAAUCAGGUUUCUGGCUUUGGCCCGGAGCCCCACCUCCUCCUGCAUCAUCCUCCAUCUUCAUCGUCAGCAUUUGCCCCUGCACGCUCUGACUCUCACCCCCCUCACACGGGCCCCCCAGACCACCCCCCGCCCCGGGUUCCAGUCAGGACUACAUCUCGUUCACCUGUGUUGCCGCGGCGAGACUCUCCUCAUCGCCACGGCAACGCCCCUCACAGCGGCCAAUCAGGACACAGGACUGCAGUCAGCGCAGCGGAGCCUCGGCUGCUGUGGGAGCGAGUGGAGAAACCCACGGCCAAACCAACCAAUCACGUGUCACCCAGCUCCAGACUGACUAAUCACACAGGCAGCGGGGGGUCAAGCUCCUCAUCCUCCAGCUCCAGCUCUCACCCGGGCUCUCAAUGCGGGUCAGGGGAGAGAGUUAGGGUCCGCUCCUCAUCCAAAUCCGAAGGCUCUCCCCUCCUGAGAGCAGAGCAUGCUGGGAAAAAAACAGAGGAGAGGAGGGACGUGCACAGGCCUGGCAAACCGGCGGAUCUCACAGCUCUGGCCAAAGAGCUUCGCGCUGCAGAUGACGUGCGUCCUCCAAACAAGGUUACGGACUACUCCUCCUCCAGCGAAGACUCAGACACUAGUGAGGACGAGGAGGACGAAGAGGUGGACCAGGAGGCCGGGGAGGAGUCUACGUCUGGGCCAGAGGACAGCAAAGCAAAGCUGAGUAAUGGAGAGGCCGCGUCAGUGAAGACCAUGGUGGUUCGUGACGAAGGGGAGGGUGAUGCUGGGUCCACUCCCAGUAAAGACAGCACCCUGAUCGUCCGGCAGAGCGCAGGGUGGCGUACGCGUGGUGCUCCAGCCCAGCAACAGAGCCCUCCAUCAGGGUUAAACCACGUCACGCCCAGCCCCCCACACCCACAUCACUACCACCAACAGCACCAGCAGCCCAACCCCCACCCCACCCAUGCCUCCCACCCUGGCCCAGACAGGAGUCGUCUGCAUCUGCUGCCGGACCUCCUCCAGCAGAGCCAGCAGUCGCCCCCUCUCUCCAGCCCGCCCCGUCCCCAAGUGUCCCCCCUCACAUCCCCACACACGCCCCCCCACAGCCCCAUGAGCCCACUGGAAAAGAUGGCCAUGCUGCAGGAGAGCCAGUCCAGUCACAACAUGCAGAAACACAAGUCCUCCUCCUCCUUCACGCCCUUCAUCGACCCCAGGCUGCUGCAGGUGUCGCCUUCUACUGGCAGCGCCCUCAAUAAUGUCGCCCUUCCCUUUGACGUCCUAGGCUAUGCUAAUGAUGCGCGGCUAGCAGAGGCACUAAGGGCCGAUGCAUCACGCAAAGGCUCCGUGGUCAACGUGAACCCAGUGAACACCCGUCCCCAAAGUGACACGCCCGAGAUCAGGAAGUACAAGAAGAGGUUCAACUCGGAGAUCCUGUGUGCCGCGCUGUGGGGGGUGAACCUGCUGGUGGGUACAGAGAGUGGGCUCAUGCUGCUGGACCGCAGUGGACAGGGCAAAGUAUACCCUCUGAUCAACCGCCGGCGCUUCCAACAGAUGGACGUGUUAGAGGGGCUCAAUGUCCUUGUUACUAUAUCAGGUAAGAAGAACAAGCUGCGUGUGUACUACCUGUCGUGGUUGAGGAACAAGAUCCUCCACAACGACCCCGAGGUGGAGAAGAAGCAGGGCUGGACCACGGUGGGCGACCUGGAGGGCUGCGUGCACUAUAAAGUCGUGAAGUAUGAGAGGAUUAAGUUCCUGGUGCUGGCUCUGAAGAACUCUGUGGAGGUGUACGCCUGGGCACCCAAGCCCUACCACAAGUUCAUGGCCUUCAAGUCAUUUGGAGACCUGGUGCAUAAGCCUCUACUGGUGGACCUCACAGUGGAGGAGGGUCAGAGGUUAAAGGUCAUCUAUGGCUCCUGCUCAGGCUUCCAUGCUGUGGACGUGGAUUCAGGCGCUGUCUACGACAUCUACCUGCCCACCCAUAUUCAAACCCACAUCCAGUCCCACGCCAUCAUCAUCUUGCCCAACACAGACGGCAUCGAGCUGCUGGUGUGCUACGAGGACGAGGGAGUCUAUGUGAACACAUACGGACGCAUCACCAAGGACGUGGUGCUGCAAUGGGGCGAGAUGCCCACCUCUGUUGCAUACAUCCGGUCCAACCAGAUCAUGGGCUGGGGUGAAAAGGCCAUUGAGAUCCGCUCAGUGGAGACAGGGCAUCUGGAUGGAGUCUUUAUGCACAAGAGAGCACAGAGGCUCAAAUUCCUGUGUGAGAGGAAUGACAAGGUGUUCUUCGCGUCUGUCCGCUCCGGGGGCUCCAGUCAGGUGUACUUCAUGACUUUGGGGCGGAGUAACCUUCUCAGCUGGUAGAGCCCGCCCCCUCCCUCUGCUGUGACCAACACUGGAUCUGAACCCACUGCGAAGCCCCGCCCCGUCCCAGCCUGUCAGCCAAUCACCUUGCAGAACGGACCUUUCCACUUCCUCUUCCUCAGUCCAGUUGGAUUCCGAGCGACGGGCAGCUCUGGCGGGACAUUUUGGGUGUUGCUACUAACUUCUAAUACUACUACUGCUUCUGGAGAGAUCCCGCCCCCUCCUGCGGCUCGACCAAUGAGCUCUGUACGUGGACUCCAGUGGGUGGGGCCUGUGGUGUUAAUGCUCCAGUAGUAUGUAUAUGUCCUUCUGUUUGGUUGAACUGUUUGUUAUGCUGUAAAAAAAAACACAUUUCUACAAGACUUAAAAUAACUUGAUUCAAAGUAUUAAUCUGGAUUUGUAUUAAUCUUAUUUAAUUAAAUUUGUUUACUAGAUCUAAGACACUUUUAAAAGAUUAUUUCAAUCCAAAAUAAUCUGCCUCAAUGUGUUUUUGUAUUGUCAAGUAACAAAUUUGAAGAAGGCAUCCAUCAUUGGUUGGUUUUAUAAUUAUUCAUCAUAAAUGUUUCAUAAGAGUUAUUUUUAUUUUAUUAUUCAUUCAUUAUAUCAUUUUUUUAAGUUAAACAAAAAAUUCCAAAUUACUCAAAUCCAGUUCAAUAUUUGUUAUUGAAGUCAUUUUAAUUGAUGUAGAUGUAUGUUUUUUCAGCGUAGAGGAACUUCCGCCGGUGGAAUAAGUGUAAGGAUUCAUUGUACGUCUAAAAUACUGUACUGACAAAGGAAGGUGCCAGAGAAAGAUGGAUUUAUGAUAGUAUUUUUUUGAAUUGUUAUUAUUAUUAUUAUGAUUAUGAUUAUUAUUAUUAUUAUGAUGACUAUUCCUUGGAGAUCAGUGUAAGCCGUCUUUGGUUGUUUUCUAAGCCUGGCACGCAGGGAGCCAGUGUCCACGGUUUGCUUGCUUUAUCACAGAAGUAUGAGGUGUGUUUCAAUACAGUCAUGUGGAUGUUUAGUCCCAAAUAUUAAUAAAAGUGUCACGUGUAAAAUCAUAA